AUGAUAUUUGAAGACAUAACAGACAAUUACAAUAAGACAAGAAGAUCAAAUCAAAAUCAAACAAUAUUAAUCUCAAAAUAUGUCGAAUUAAAAAAGUAUAAUCAAAUUUUUAAAAAAUCAAAUAAAUUACAGAAGCAAAAAUUACUACGACCUAAAGUCAAACGAAAAAUUUUGAGAAUUAUACAUGAUGAGUUGAAUAAAAAAUUAAAACCUGAGGAAACUUUUGAGAUUUGGCAUAAUGAUUCUAAUCUGAAAGAUAAUGAUCUGAAGUCUACAACCAAAACCAAAAAAAGAAGGAGAAAGAAGAAGAACGAAAAAGAUCAAAUGGAGGAUACAGGAGAUGAAGAGUCAAUGGAAGAUUCAACUAAUGAUGAUGAUCCAUUAAUUUCAGUAGUUCACAAAUACCUUGAUACUAAAGUACCAAUUACUCAAACUGAAUUCCACGAGCAGGAUCAACACGCAUCAGAUACAAAUGACUCGGAGGACUCAGAAAACGAUGAAUAUUCCAAUGACAAGUACAACGAAUUCGAUAUAAAAUCAAGUCAUCUACUAGAUACUUUAACAAAUGAAUUUGACACAAAUAAUACAACAGUUAAAACUAAAUUCAUUAUUGAGUCAAGUGGGAUGGAGAUUUUACCUAAUGAUGAAAUCUUUAAACAAUCUAUGACAAAUAAACAUGUAAAUAAUUUAAACACUUUAUUGCAUUUUAAUAUACUACGAAAGAACUGGGGAACAGCCUAUAGGAUAUUUUGUAUUAUUAUUAGGUUCCCUAUGGUUGAUGUUAGAUUAAUUUGGCCAUUAGGUGUAGAAAUAUUGACUCAAUUAUCAGAGCAACAACCAACUAAAGAUUCAUCAACUUAUCAAUUGAAAAUUACGAGAUUUUUCAAUUACUUAAAUUCGUUUUAUUUAGUCAAUUAUAGAAAUCAAAUUGCAUUGGAAGUAAGUGAUAGAUCAUCAUUAGCACCAACUUGGAGAGUAGGUACUAAGAAUUUGACUCCCAUAUAUUUGAUUACUUCAUUAUGGUACUUAUUUGUUGCUCAACGAGAUUAUGAAUCGAUUUUAAAUCGAAUAUCUGAAUUAAUUUUGGUUCCACCUUAUCAUGAUGAAGGUGUGUUGUAUUUUAUUUGCAUAUUGUGUUAUUUGAGUUUGUCAAUUCAAAUUGUUAAUUUAUAUAAUCUCCAAUCUUUUAAUCUCACAAAAUUUAAUGAGUUGGAGGAAAAUGAAUUUAGAUCAUACAAUGAUUGUGUGACCUUGCUCAAAGGCUAUAAAGACAAGAGUCAUAAAGAUAUGGAAACUUGUUUGAAAUUAAAUUUCAUUAUUCCAGUAGAUGAAAUUAUUAGUCAGUGGAAAUUUAUAUCAAAUGAAUUGAAAACGAUUGAAGCUGCAAGACUUAGUAAAUCCAGUAAAAAAUAUAGCGAUUCAGUUGUUGAAGCAGAAAUUGAAGAUGAACUAGAAGAAAAAACAGUGGCUGACAGUUUUGAUUACCCGUCUAAUGGGGUUAAAAAUGACCAUGAGAAUAAUUUUGAUUUUGACAUUGAAGAUGAUGAAACAAAAAUUGAAUAUAAAUCCACAUACGAUGAUUCACCUACAAGAAUCAUUAAUAAUAGCAAUGAAAAUGACAUGGAAGUAGAUUUCGACGAUUGGGGAGAUAUUGAGUCAGAUAGAGACGAGCAAGAUUUUGAGAAGCAUCCAAUCAUUGAUACAUCUACCCAGCAGAAGUCAAACAAUGGUGUACAUAAAAAUGGAUCCAUUAAGAAUGCAGGUUAUGAAAUGGACAAACAAAAUGAUGAUUGGUCAAAUAUUCAGUCUGACUCAGAGAAUGAUGAAGCUAACCAUCCAGAGAUUGAAAAUACCCAUCAAAAUAAUGAUGAAGACUUGGACUAUGAAGUAAAUUUGGAAAAUGGUCAAGUUUCAGAAGUCAACUCGUCACAGGUUAAUGGUAGAAACGAUGACGUUAAUGACGAUGAAUGGGCAAAUAUUGAUACAGACGUUGAGGAAGAAGAGCCAGAAAAACAAGUUGCCGAUACUCAAGAAGAUAAUAAAGACAAUUACAAUAAUAUAGACUCAGAUAUAGAUCAAUACCAAGAAUCGAUAAUUAAUUCAACUCUGUCAAAUGGAGUCGCUAAUCUGAAACAAGAAGAUAUUGAUUAUGAUUUUGAAUGGACACAAGUUGAUGAUGAACCACAACUAGAAGAUGAUCAGGAGAAGGGAGAUAAUAGUGAAAAUGGCGGAUGGAGUGAAAUUGAGUCAGAUGUUGAAGAAGAUGGAGAAGUUAGUCUCGAUGCUCAAGUUGUAAAAGAAAAUAGCAUCGAUGAAGCCAACACUUCACUAAAAUUUAAAUGA